GCACUCGUCGUCGUUCUCGUUCACAAAAUCGAAAGAAAAGAAUCACAAAUAUUUGCUUUGUGAUUCCUUUCUAAUUGCAUUUAACCAUAGAUAAAACCCCAAGUACAUAUUCUUGAGAAUAAACACGAAUAAUCUUGAUCUGGUUGUUGUUUUUCCAAAUAAUUUGCUCAUAGCAGACACUUGAUUCCACACCGUGUAAUGGGCGAUAGAGAUUGGAGACUAUUUGUUUACGGUGGAGUCGCAUCAAUUACAGCUGAAUUUGGUACAUUUCCUAUUGAUACAUCGAAAACCCGCCUUCAGAUUCAAGGUCAAAAGAUCGAUGGAAAAUUCACACAGCUGAGAUACCGUGGCAUGAUAGAUGCAUUUAUAAAAAUAACAAGGGAAGAAGGAAUCGGCGCUUUAUAUUCUGGCAUCUGGCCAGCUGUACUGAGACAAGCCACCUAUGGAAGCAUAAAAUUCGGAACGUAUUAUUCGUUGAAGAAACUCCUUGACGAAAGAGGCUUGCUCAUCGAUGCUGAGACCGGUCGCGAACCAGUAUGGAAGAAUAUGGUGUGUGCGGGGACGGCUGGAGCGAUUUCCAGUGCAAUUGCCAAUCCUACAGAUGUUCUAAAGGUCCGUAUGCAGGUUCACGGGAAGGGCACACAAGACAAGGGACUUGUGGGGAGCUUCCACGAUAUUUACAAAUACGAGGGAAUCGGAGGUCUGUGGCGUGGUGUCGGGCCAACAGCUCAGCGGGCGGCUGUCAUUGCGGUUGUAGAACUUCCCGUCUAUGACUUCUGCAAGGUGCAUCUCAUGAGCAACUUUGGAGAUCAUGUAGCCAAUCAUUUUAUAUCUAGUUUUGUAGCUGGUUUAGGAAGUGCAAUUGCUUCUACCCCAAUUGAUGUGAUAAGGACGAGGUUGAUGAACCAAAGACGUAUAGCGGUGGCGAAUGCCGGAACUACAGCAGCAACACUUUAUACAGGAAGCUUUGAUUGUGCUCUUCAGACUGUUCGAAAUGAAGGAGUUUUCGCUCUAUACAAGGGAUUCAUACCGACUUGGAUACGAAUGGGACCUUGGAACAUUAUCUUCUUCAUAACAUAUGAACAGCUUAAAAAGUUCUAGUAGUACAAACAAACAAAAGAAAAAAAACAAAGAAAAAUCAACUUGAAACUAACGAAGAACCAAAAGUGGCUAAGGACAAGUUCAAAAAUAACUAAGUUUUUGAAUUCUUUCUCUAAUUUCGAUACAACAAAAAAAAAACAAAAAAAUCAACACCCAGAGUUGCACUUAAAUUUUCUUGUCUUGGGAGCUCUUCUUGGGUUAUACCUCUUAUUAUAUAGUUUAGACAUUUUUAACUAUACAAUUCGAUUUAUUACAAGAUAUCUAUAUAUAUAUAUAAAAAUAAAUAAUUUUUUCUUAUUGGCACGCCAAAGUAGUGUAAAAACAAACAAACAGAAAAAAACAUACGAACAUUUAAAAAAAGCAAACACUUUAAAACACAGUUAUAAAAAUGUAUGUUUUCUAAAAGCAAAUUGAGGAUAAGGUGUAUUUAUUAUAAAAUAUUAACAAGAAAAAAGUAUUUUCCUACAUUAACAAAAAUGAACUGUACAAACAUUGUAUGCUUUUAAAUGGUAGCAUUUAUAAAAACAUAAAUAAAUACAAAUCAUAUUUAAUUUAUAAAAAAAAAAAAAACAAUACAAAAAAAGUAAUGGUUGCAGUUAAAUAAGUUAAAAACAAACAAACAUUGAUAAACAUAGUUUAUCUGUAUAUUUACGAGAGUUGUGUUAAGUUUUAAAAAGUUUUUUCUUUUGUAAUAAUUUUUAAUUUUAUUUUUUCUGUAUUAUAAUGAUAAACAAAAAAUUGACGACAUUUAUUUUGUUAAUAUAAGGCGUAAACAAAUCUCAAAAUAAAAAUACUUACGAAACC